CGCCGGAAGUCGGAUGAAACCCACAGAGGAGGAGAAAGCUCCGAUCCGAGGGUGACCUGCGGGCUUCCUCACCGAGCUCCUGGCGACACCCGCGUUGCAGCCAGUUAAGACGAUAAGGCCAGGGAAGCCCUGAACCCCAACUCGGGAAUGUGAACACCCAGCAGCCCCAUCUCAAAAAGAAAAGUCUCCCACGGACUAAAUGACAUGGUGAGGAUUUAUUUCCUACAGAAGUCUUGUGAGGCUCCUGCACAGAUAGAGCGAUGAUUGUACAGAGAGUAGUAUUGAACUCCCGACCUGGGAAAAAUGGAAAUCCAGUGGCAGAGAACUUCAGGAUGGAAGAAGUCAGGUUAGCAGAUAAUAUCAGUGAAGGACAAGUUCAGGUUAGAACUCUCUACCUCUCUGUGGAUCCUUACAUGCGCUGUAAGAUGAACGAGGACACUGGCACUGAUUACUUAGCGCCCUGGCAGCUGUCUCAGGUGGUUGACGGUGGCGGUAUUGGAGUUGUGGAAGAGAGCAAGCACAUACAUUUGGCUAAAGGCGAUUUUGUGACUUCUUUUUAUUGGCCCUGGCAAACCAAAGCCAUUCUAGAUGGGAAUGGCCUUGAAAAGGUAGACCCACAACUUGUGGAUGGACAUCUUUCAUAUUUUCUUGGAGCUAUAGGUAUGCCUGGUCUGACUUCCUUGAUUGGGGUACAGGAGAAAGGUCACAUAUCUGCUGGAUCCAAUCAGACAAUGGUUGUCAGUGGAGCAGCGGGUGCCUGUGGAUCUUUGGCUGGGCAGAUUGGCCACCUGCUUGGCUGUUCCAGAGUGGUGGGAAUUUGUGGAACGCAUGAGAAAUGCCUCUUUUUGACUUCAGAACUGGGGUUUGAUGCUGCAAUUAACUAUAAAAAUGGGAAUGUGGCGGCACAGCUCCAAGAAUCGUGCCCAACUGGAGUGGAUAUCUACUUUGACAAUGUUGGUGGUGACAUCAGUGAUACGGUGAUAAGCCAGAUGAAUCGGAACAGCCACAUCAUCCUGUGUGGUCAAAUUUCUCAGUACAAUAAGGAUGUGCCUUACCCUCCUCCACUGUCCCCUGCUGCAGAAGCAAUCCAGAAGGAAAGAAACAUCACAAGAGAGAGAUUUACCGUGCUAAACUAUAAAGAUAAGUUUCAGCCUGGACUUCUCCAGCUGAGUCAGUGGUUUAAAGAAGGAAAGCUAAAGAUCAAAGAGACUGUGAUAAAUGGAUUGGAAAACAUGGGAGUUGCGUUCCAGUCCAUGAUGACCGGAGGCAACAUCGGGAAGCAGAUCGUCUGCAUUUCAGAAGAGUCUUCUCUGUAGUCUGCGUUAUCUUCAUCAAGGAAGCCCUACAUUUCCUACUGUGCACUAAGAUUCUUAAGACACAUUUAAAAAAUAAUCUUACAGUACAGACUUAAGUGUAAUUGUAAUAUUUUUAGUAACAUAACCUUAUUUUCAAUAUCAUAUAUUAACUAUAUAUCUAACAUGUGAUUGUUAACCAUAAUACAAUGGUUCUCAACCUGUGGGUUGUGACCCCUUUGGAGUCACUACCAGAUAUCCUGCAUAUCGGAUAUUUACAUUACAAUUCAUAACAGUAGCAAAAUUAGUUAUGAAGUUGCAAUGAAAUAAUUUUAUGGUUGUGGUCCCCACAACAUGAGGAACUGUGUUAAAGGUCGCAGCAUCAGGAAGGGUGAGAAGCACUGCCACAAUAGGUUUGGUAUCAUCUGUUCUUCUCUAUUUUAUUUUCGAGACAGGGUCUCAAAUACAAAGUCCACACUGGCCUCGUACUUGUGAUUCUUGUGGCCUGUCUCCUGAGUGCUGGGAUCACAGGCAUGUCCCACUAUACCUGACUUAUUUUCCUUGUAAUAAUAACUAGUAAUAAUAAUUAUUUUGGAGAUGGGUCUGUUAGUGUAGCUCAGGCUGGACUGAUUCCUCAGGUUUCCCACUGCCAAUUAUCUCUGGGGUUCCAGGCAUGUGUUACUCACUAUACUUGGCUAAUUUUGUUUGUUAAAACUCAUGUUACAUAUAUUUGUAUCAAAUAUUUAAAAACUCUUGGAUAGUUAAUACAACUGUUAAUUGAUCAUAUGUAGACAUAUCUUUAAGUUAUUUUUAAAACUGAGUGAAAACUCUAAUUCUAAGGUCAGAAGCGGUUAACAUCUGUUGAACUGGGGAAAUUUUUAACAUUAUUCUUAAAGUGAGAGUAUUAGGAUUGAGAUAGGCUUUCCAUAUUUCACGCGGAAGAGAGACUUUAAAAGUCUCUAUGUACCUAUGUGUCUUGUCUGUCUGUACACCACAUGCAUGCCUGAUGCCUGCAGAGGCAAAUAGAGCACUGGAGAGAGUUUUGAGCCACCAUGUAGGUGCUGGGUUCUUGAAUGCAGGUCCUCUGGUAGAGCAGCUGCUGAGCUAUCUCCCCAGCCUGCCCAAAGAGAGGCUUUUAAUGGCAUAAGCACGUAGGGUUGGGGGCAGCAUUGGGAGUAUCAGAUUGAGGAACAGUUUAGGGGUUGAAGAGAAGUUUUGGGUUGGGAGUGGUAUGAAGAGAUAAAUAACGUCAGCUGGGUUGAUGAGAGCUCAAUAGACCAGAUUUUCACCCAGCAGGCUGUGUUCUCCCAAAUUACUGACUACGUAGCAAGCCUAACAAAGCUUGUGUUAACUUUAGGAAUAUUUUUGAGACAGUCUGUUAUGUAGCUUGCUAUGUAAUUCAGGCUGCCCUGGAAUUUACAGAUCUCUAGCUGCCUGUUGACCUCUGGAGUGCGAGUGGUAAAGGCCUGUACUUUGGGAAACUUUGGAGGGCAAGUAGAUAUAAACAUCACUUGGAAUUUUAGUGAUUAAAAUGGGUUGGGGGAGUGAUCAAGGCAGAACACUGUUCAGGGGGCCUUAAUUCCCAAUAGCAACCCCCACUCCCAACUCGCCCCAAGUAAAAAAGCUUCAGAAAAUAGUGGUGGUGGUGGCACACACCUUUAAUCCUAGCACUCGGGAAGCAGAGGCAGGCGGAUCUCUGUGAGUGCAAGGCCAGCCUGGUCUGCAAGAGCUAGUUCCAGGACAGGCUCCAAAAGCUACAGAGAAACCCGGUCUCGAAAAACCAAAAAAAAAAAAAAAAAAAAAGCUUCAGAAAAUGAUAGGACAAAGUAAACUAACCAAUGGUUGUAGACAUGUAUAUUCUACAUAUAUUGAUGUUUUUAUUAAUUGUAACUCAACCUUUAGAAAAGUAAAAUUGAAGAUGUUUUCUAAGUGUGA